AUGCAAUUGGCGACUCCUUUGAUCCAAGGAGCCUCGAUUGGCUGCCACCCUGCUUUGGAAUGCUGUGCGUGCAUUCUGUGGCUACUCGGUUGGUGUUGUCUCACCAAGCUGGUCUCUGGAGAGCCCAGCCUGUACAUCCUGUGCUUGAGCGCGGCGGUCCACGUCCGAAUACCGGCGCCUUUGGGGCAAGGGCUGCCACUGCCGGACUUCCUCCUGAUCUAUCUUACAGGUCAUAGCACUUUCUAUGCUUGCUGCUUCGGAGGCCUCUUCUGGUGGAGUUCCUCCUCCUGGCGGCUUUGUUGGCUCCUGGCCUCGCUUUUUUGCUUCCUGGCCACAGGGCGCCGGCGGUGGGCGCUCUCCCGGCUCCCCGUGUCGUCGGAGUCGAGAGCGCUGAGACCGUCGCAGCCGAUGCUCACUCUGCUCCAUCCGUAUCUGUACUACUUUCUCUCGGAGCUGCCAGGGGCAUCAGAGGUUGUCCGCAUCCAGAGGAUGGACCCACCAAGCCUGCGCAUGCCCGUCGAUGUUUGGCGCAGUUCUGCAGACCUGGCUUCCCGACCCGUGCUCUUCCUGAUCCAUGGCGGUGCAUGGCGAGGAGGCGAAGCGCGGUGCUCACCGCAGGCCCCGGUUCUUCAAGCUCUGGCAUCUUCGGGCUUCCUCGUUGUGAGCUGCGAGUAUCGCCGCUUGCCAGGCACACAGUGGCCCAUGCAGCUGGAGGACUGUGAGGCGGCCUUCAGGUGGCUCCAAGACGAGGCGGCCACUCUGGGAGCUGACCUCUCCAAGGUCUCCAUUGCGGGCACCUCCGCUGGGGGGCACAUCGCCGCUCUUCUCCUUGCCCGGAUGCUGAACGAGCGGAGCGAGAACGCCGAGCACGGCAUCAGAGUCAGCGCCAUGCUGCUCUUCUACCCGGCCUUGGAUCCUGCUGAUCGCACCGGCAACACGGUAUGCUCCCCCUUCUCCUGCUCUUGCCUGGGUGUGAGGCGUGGUAUGAGCUUUCUGGCAUGGUACUUUGAGAAGUUUGUUCUUCAGGACCGCCAGCUUUGGCCCUCCGCGGAGCCCUUGGAGCUCCUCCAAUCGGCCAGCCAGGAGGUUGCCGCAGUGUGGCCGCCGACCCUGAUCAUUCACGGAGAGAUGGACGGCGUGGUUCCUGUGGAGCAUAGCCGCUCCUUCUUGGCAUCUCUGGGCGCAGCGAGCGCAGGCGGCAGCUGCGAAUCAGACACUGGAGGUGAGGGGAGCGGUCGCGAAUUCAGAAGUGUGGACAGGCUCCUGGUCAUGCCUCUCGCCCGCCACAUUUUCGAGACUUGGAUGAGAUCGCCGCUGGCGAUCUGGCUAGCGCGUCGUACGAUGCAGCCAUCGGUUGGCUAUCGCAAGUGCAGGGAUGCCUUCGAUGACCAGCCUCCAGACAAGGGAGCCCGAACGCAGUCCGAAAGCCAAGGGCGCCACAGGUCUCCCAUCAAACUUUUCUUCUGUGCUGUAGCGACAUUGGGUCAUUUCUGCUUGUGCAUUAAUCGGAUGUCCGAAGUGGAUGGCGCCAUGUCUCAUGGCCUCUCUCGGAGCGCUUCCCACUACGACCUGGCCAAUGCCAGGAGGGAUGGAUCUAAGGAAUCUAAGGAAGACUGCACCGGCAGGAUGACAGCAUUGGCGUACUCCCUCCCGCCGGACUUUUCUCAGGUGAUUUUGGCAGAAGCGCUUCUGCUAAAUCGCGUGGCGGCCCUGCCGACUUUCACUUUGGCUGGUCAGCACAACAAUGGCCUCCCUUCGAGGGUCUGGCAAGAUGCCAUGGACGUGCACGGCGAGCUGAACCCAGCACGGUGGAGAGACGUGCCUUCCUCCGCGCUGAUACGUUACAGCUCCAGGGAAGGAUUCUGGAAAUCCGGGAUCCAUGCCUCGGUGAUGAAACUUGCCGGCCUCUUUCAUGGUACGGGAAUGCAACCAACUGCAGGGCUUUUCGAUCCAUCGACCCGUGUCGUAGAGGCAGCUGCCCAAGUCCGGCUGCGACUGGGACUGGGGCCUGCCUACAUUGGGGUUCAUGUGAGGCGUGGGGACAAGCUCCUGAUCCCUGGCCUGGACUUGGCAACCACGCCAGAGGCUGUGGCCGAGCGAGUGGCACACCUGGCCCCCCCUGGCGUGCGAACGGUGUAUGUCGCCACGAACGACACACAGGCGGACUACGGCACUGCACUUCUCAAGAGGGGCUUCCAGUGCUUCAGCUCCCACAGCUGGCUUCCUUCAGUAAGUGACAAUUUCUUCCUGUUUGCGGUUGAGAUGCAGAUUGUUGAUGCCGCCUCCGUGAGCAUCCGAACAUUCAACGACUCCAUGCCGUGGUACAGGGCCGGUCUUGCCAAGCCGUCCCAUUUUUUGCUGGAUCGCAGCAUGCACGACUAUGUCUUUGGCUUCAGUGCCACGGGCUCUUGGUGCACAUGGCCCGAGAGCCCUGUGCUCCAGCCAGAAGCAUUCUGGCAAACGGCUGCAGACGACAGGGCAGAGGAGACUCCGAGUGAGCCUGCGGUGGCGGAGCCGGUGACGAAAUACAGCAUUGUGGUCCUCGAGGGGGAGAGCUCCGAAGGAUCAAAGUGGUGGCAACUGCCAGCCAACAUUUGGCCGAUGGAGGCUUCGGGGACAACGCAAGAAGUGACCCUGGAGUUCUUGGAGCCAUGGCUUCGGAGUGCCCCAAAAAAGGAAAUCUCCACGUGGACAGAGUAUUUCGGGGCCCUGGCAGCUUUCACGGAUGACAUUUCCGAGUGCUUGACACGAAGAUCUACGCUUUAUGGCUUUGAGAAUGUAUCGAGGAGGCACCGGCAUCUGACUUCUGCAACUAUUCCUCGGCGAGGAGCAGUCUUCUGCUACGUUUCUGUUGGCAAGGUGUCGGUUAGGGACCAAUACGGCUCCUUCGAAAUCGUCGGCGGACAGUACUGCGUCGUUCCCGCUCCUGUUCGUUUUGAGCUAAGCAGCAAGACCAGACUGGUGGCCGUCCAUACGCAUCCAUUCCAGCCUUUGCGAACUAUCGGCGGUCCGAUUGAAAGCAAGGGCCGAUUGCGGUAUGUGGACGGAUGCAGCGACACGCUCUUGCUGGCUCCGCCGAAGCUGUCGGAUCCAUGCCUGAACUUGCUUCAUUUCCCCCCAGGGAUCCAUCAAACAUUACACACGCAUCCUUCCGUGCGUUGCGGGCUCAUUGCAAGUGGAGCUGGAUAUUGCAUGGAUGGAGAUCAUCGCAAGAUGGAGCUGCAAGAGGGCAUGGUUUGGGCCAUCCCGAAGGAUGCUGUCCAUUCCUUCCACACGGCGGAGUCGAACGAGGAGUUGAAUGUCAUCGCCUUCCAUCCCGACUCGGACUGGGGUCCUUUGGACGAGGACCAUCCCAUGCUGAAUCGGACAUGGGUGGACGGUGCCAAGAUUGACAACUGCACCGAAAGUCACCGAAGGGCCGACAUGCUUCUUACGGACCAGUCGAGGGCCCUGCAUCUCGCAAGCUCCGCCCAGGCAAAGCUUGGCCCAAAGCCGCCAGAGCCAGGAGAAGGCUCUGGCUGUCGCAGCAAUUGGGCUGUGCAUUUGGCGGUUCUCGCGGAUGACCUUCGCCCAGUAGAGCUGACGAAGGAACCUGCCGUGCCUGCUUCGUCAAGCACGCAGUAUUGCCGGGCUGCUUUGAAGACUGAGCAGACAUCGCGGUGGGGCCGGCAACAGUUGUCGCUGUGCAUCGGAGACACGAAGGCUGCAGAUGGCUCUUGCUCACAGGCUCGCAGAGUGAGGCUUGACACAAGCUCCGGCCUGUUGAGUGUGUCCAUGUGCAAGGGAUAA